AUGGAACCAAAAAGAGUAUCAACGAACUUAGCCACCAUGUAUGGAAGGCUUGCCACAGGUCAUGAACGGAUGAAGAUUUGCUUCUGCACCGAUCUGGACAAGUCGGUGCUCAUAAGCAACUUUGAAAAACGUGGCUGGGUGCAAGUGACAGCGGAUGACGACUGGAAUUUCUAUUGGGCUGGCACGGGCACCUGUCGAAACAUCUUUAGCGUAGACAGUGGAUACCGGAUGCACGAUAACCAGCUAAUUAAUCACUUCCCGAACCAUUACGAGCUGUCGCGAAAGGAUUUGCUAGUAAAGAAUAUCAAGCGCUAUCGUAAGGACCUCGAACGAGACGGAAAUCCAUUGGCGGAAAAAACGGAAGCAAAUAUACCAGGAGGUUCAAAAUAUCUGUAUCUAGAUUUCAUACCUAUCACUUUCGUCUUGCCAGCUGAUUAUAACAUGUUCGUGGAAGAAUACCGCAAAAAUCCACAAAGCACGUGGAUUAUGAAACCAUGCGGCAAGUCCCAGGGAGCAGGCAUUUUUCUAAUCAACAAGCUUUCCAAACUGAAACGCUGGUCCAGAGAAGCAAAAACCUCAUUUCAUCCUCAAAUCGGUAAAGAAAGCUACGUUAUUUCAAGGUACAUCGAGAAUCCGCUGCUGAUAGGUGGUAAGAAAUUUGACUUACGCCUUUACGUUCUUGUAACAUCGUUUCGCCCACUGAAAGCAUACCUGUUUCGUUUGGGGUUCUGUCGAUUUUGCACUGUAAAAUAUGAUACAAGUGUUACGGAGUUGGACAACAUGUACGUUCAUCUUACAAACGUCAGCGUGCAGAAGCAUGGUGGUGAAUAUAAUAAUCACCACGGGGGUAAGUGGAGUGUGCAAAAUCUACGUCUCUAUCUCGAGGGCACACGUGGGAAGGAAGUAACGGAUAAGUUAUUUGGGUCCAUCACUUGGCUUAUAGUACACUCAUUAAAGGCAGUUUCAAGUGUUAUGGCCAGUGAUAGGCACUGCUUCGAAUGCUACGGUUACGAUAUCAUUAUAGAUAAUACAUUGAAACCGUGGCUGGUCGAAGUGAAUGCUUCGCCGUCACUAACUUCGACUACGGCCAAUGAUCGAAUACUCAAAUACAAGCUGAUAGACAACAUUCUCAACAUUGUUUUGCCGCCCGAUGGAGUACCAGACGUGCGUUGGAAUAAAAUUCCUAGCCCAGAUAUGCUGGGAAAUUUUGAUUUGCUGAUAGACGAAGAAAUUGCUGCACAGGACGAUAAUAUGCAAAAUAGUAACAAUGGUAAGCAUCGCUCGAACAGUAAUAGAUGGAAAUAA